UGUGCUCCAUGAAACGAGCUGAAUGAGAACACCUGACACCCCAAAGAGAUGUCUAAUAGAGAACAAAAUCCUUCCUGAGAACCUGAGAAAAGACAUACCUGCUCGAAGAUAUGUCUGCAAAUCUCCCAGAAGAGGACCUCUCGUGUCCCGUGUGCUGUGAAAUUUUCAAGGAUCCAGUUCUUCUGCCAUGCAGCCACAGUUUCUGCAGGAGCUGUCUGGAGCAAUUCUGGGAUAGUGCUGGUUCUCGCAGCUGCCCCGUCUGCAGGAGAAGAGCCUCCAAGAAAAACCCUCCCUCCAACCGGGCCCUCAAAAACCUGUGUGAAGCUUUCUUGCUGGGAAGAGGCCAGGGCAAUGCAUCUGGAUCAAACACGUUGUGCUGGAGACAUGCUGAAAAGCUCAAACUUUUCUGUUUGGUAGAUCAAGAACCAAUCUGUGUUGUAUGCCAAGCCUCAAAAAUGCACAAGGGUCAUGAAUGCUCUCCCACGGAAGAGGCGGCUCUGGAUUGUAAGGAUAAACUCUCUGCUGCCAUGAAAGUAUUGCAACAAAAGCUGGAAGUAUUCAGUAAAGCAAGACGGUCCUCAGCCUUUACUUUGGAGCACAUAAAGAUUCAGGCCCAGCGAGUUGAGAGACAAAUGAAGGAGGAGUUUCUCAAGCUCCACCAGUUUCUGUAUGAGGAGGAAGAGCUCAAGUUAUCAGCCCUCAAGGACGAGGUAGAGCUUAGAGUGCAGGCCAUGAAGAGCAGAGAUGAUGAUAUUGCACGGAGGAUAUCAUCUCUUACAGAUAUGCUCGGCACAAUUGAGCGAAGCAUAAACGCUGAAGAUUUGACUUUGUUGCAGAACUUCAAAGCUACCAUAGAUGGAACAUGGAGCACAUUGGAGGAUCCAGAAUGUUUGUCUCGAUCUUUAUUGGAUGAGCCCAAGUAUCUUGGCAACCUGAAGUACAAGGUCUGGGAGAAGAUGCAGGAAGUUGCACCUUACCAUCCUAUAAUUCUGGACCCAAACACAGCUCACCCUUGUCUAACACUGUCUGAUGACCUCACCAGUCUCCACUAUAGCUUCCCAAACCAAGGUCUCCCUGACAACCCUGAACGUUUCCACAUGAGUGCUGAGGUUCUGGGAUUCACUGCCUUUAGCUCAGCAAUCCACUGCUGGGAGAUCGAGGUUGGUGAAAAUGAGGACUGGAUCCUGGGCUUGGCCAGCGAGAAUGUGAAGAGAGAUCAGGAAGUGCCAGCGAGACCAGAGAAUGGCUUCUGGACCAUCUGUCUGCGUGAUGGUAAAUACAGGGCCAUGACAUCACCCCCGACAGCUCUUAAAGCGAAUGGAAAACUGCAGAGAGUCAAAGUCCAGCUGAACUGGGAUGGAGGGGAGGUGAAUUUCUCAAACCCAGCAUGUCAAGAGAUUUUAUACACUUUCAAUCACACCUUUACAAAGAAGCUGUUACCGUAUUUCUACACACAAAGUAAACAUCCUUUAAGAAUCUUAUCCAAGCCUGUAUUGGUAUCCGUUGAUGAGGAGCGUUUAUGCUUAUGAAAAUUUACAUUUACGCAUUUGGCAGACGCUUUUAUCCAAAGCGACUUACAGUGCAAUUAUUACAGGGACAAUCCCCCCGGAGCAACCUGGAGUUAAGUGCCUUGCUUAAGGACACAAUGGUGGUGGCCAUGGGGUUAGAACCUGUGACCUUCUGAUUAACAGCCCUGUGCUUUAGCCACUACACCACCACCAAAUAAUUUCAUUUAAGAAGGCUGAACUAAAAUAUGCUUUACCAGAAGUAAUAAUUUACUAUAGGAAAUUGCAUACUGGCCAGAUUUGAAUCUAACUUUAUUUUUAAGGUGCAAAUAUUGUAUGGGCUAGUUUAUUACAAUCUGUGAAAUAGCCAUUAGCGUAAAGCAAUGCAUUUAACUUGUUAAAAGGACCAUUAAAUAAAAUGUAAUUCAGGGGGUUCUGAAGGUUUUGUCAGAGAAAAGUAGCUGCGAAAGUCUCUUAAUUUUCCAUGAAGACUGUCUUCACCUUAUUAUGACCUUCACCUUAUCUUACAAUGUAUAUGAAAUAAGCUUAUGCUACUUAAAAUGUAUGUGCUCUGAUUUGUACUGCCUUCAUUCUGUCUUAAUGAUUGUUUGUCAUUCCAAUACAUAGAAUCAGUAUGAAACCAUUUUCCAACAGUUUGUCAAAGCACACUUUUUAAAACCAGACAUUAAACCUACUGCUGAAAUUGAAGAAAACUGCUUUGUAGGCAUACUUCAUCUUUUUGACCACCAGAUGGUAGUAACAUACAGUAUAAAGAAGAGCUUCAAAUAAUGAACUCAAUUUCAAUAAACUUGUUUUG